UGACGUGGCAAACCGGGCUGCGUGAGGAAGCAAAUUCCUGUCAGGACCAGUAGAGAGGGACCCGACUGCUUGCUUCCUGCUGUUCGGAGUGAACAUCCCGGCCUUGCCUCUCCGUCACUCAGCAACAGGCUGCUACGUAGGCUUCUUUUGUAGAGCUAUCCCUUGGAAUGAUAUUUUCAUAAUGAGUCAACAAGGAUAUGUGGCUACACCCCCCUAUUCUCAGUCCCAGCCUGGAAUAGGUCUUUCUCCACCACAUUAUGGACACUAUGUGGACCCCUCUCAUGCAGGUUCUCCACCAGGUAUGAUGAAGCCAGCAGGGCCUUUGGGGGCUGCUGUCCCUGGGGGGAUGUUGCCUCAGGGCCCUUCACCUCCUGGACCUCAUCAGUUUGGCCAGAAUGGAGCUCAUGCCCAAGGGCAUCCUCCCCAAAGAUUUCCAGGUCCUCCACCUGUCAACAGUGCAGCAUCCUCCUAUGCACCAUACUCACCCUCUACACAGUCAUCUUAUCCAAGUCCUGCAUCCACUUCAUCCAUCACCCAGCUGGGCAGUCAGCUCAAUGCUAUGCACAUCAACAGCUAUGGUUCAGGCAUGGCUCCCCCUGGUCAGGGGCCCCCCGGCCCUCCACCAGCGCCUUCCUUCCAGGGUCCUACACGACCUCCGCAGCCAUCUAUUAUGCAGCCUGGAUCUCAAGUUCUCCCACCACCACCCACCACACUGAAUGGCCCUGGGGCCUCACCCUUGCCUCCGUCAACGCACAGGCAGGACGGGUUCCCCGGGCCUGCUCCUCUGAAUACCCAGUACCAGCCCCCGCCUCUUCCAGGACAGAGCCUGGGCACUGGAUAUCCACCGCAGCAGGCAGCCAACUAUGGUCCCCAGAUGGCAGGUGGGCAGCUCUCCUACCCAGGAGGCUUCCCUGGAGGUCCUGCACAGAUGGCUGGUCCACCACAACUCCAGAAGAAGCUGGAUCCUGACUCCAUCCCCAGCCCAAUUCAAGUGAUCGAGAAUGACAGAGCCACCAGAGGAGGACAAGUUUAUGCCACCAAUACCAGAGGCCAAGUCCCUCCCCUGGUCACUACAGAUUGUGUGAUACAAGACCAAGGCAGUGCUAGUCCUCGAUACAUUCGUUGCACAACUUACUGUUUCCCAUGCACGUCAGAUAUGGCCAAGCAAGCUCAGAUUCCAUUAGCUGCUGUCAUCAAACCUUUUGCCACAGUUCCUUCAAAUGAGACUCCCCUUUACUUGGUAAAUCAUGGAGAGAAUGGACCAGUCAGAUGCAAUAGGUGCAAAGCCUACAUGUGCCCCUUUAUGCAGUUCAUUGAAGGAGGAAGGAGGUAUCAGUGUGGAUUUUGCAACUGUGUGAAUGAUGUUCCACCAUUCUAUUUCCAACAUCUGGACCACAUCGGGAGAAGACUGGACCACUAUGAGAAGCCGGAACUAUCUCUAGGAUCUUAUGAAUAUGUUGCUACUUUGGAUUACUGCAGAAAAAAUAAGCCUCCCAACCCACCAGCCUUUAUCUUCAUGAUUGAUGUUUCAUAUAGUAACAUCAAGAAUGGACUUGUGAAGCUCAUAUGUGAAGAACUGAAGACUGUGCUGGAAAAACUUCCAAAGGAAGAGCAAGAAGAAACUUCUGCAAUCCGAGUUGGUUUUAUCACAUAUAACAAAGUGCUGCAUUUCUUUAAUGUAAAGAGUAAUUUGGCCCAGCCUCAGAUGAUGGUGGUGACUGAUGUUGGAGAGGUCUUUGUUCCUCUGUUGGAUGGUUUCCUUGUCAACUAUCAAGAAUCCCAAUCUGUGAUUCACAAUUUAUUGGACCAGAUUCCAGAGAUGUUUGCAGACUCUAAUGAGAAUGAGACUGUCUUUGCUCCUGUCAUCCAGGCUGGCAUGGAAGCGCUAAAGGCCGCAGAUUGUCCUGGGAAGCUGUUCAUCUUCCAUUCCUCCUUACCCACUGCAGAGGCACCAGGGAAGCUCAAAAACAGAGAUGACAAAAAACUGAUUAAUACGGACAAAGAGAAGAUACUUUUCCAGCCCCAAACAAAUGUCUACGACGCACUGGCCAAGGACUGUGUGGCUCACGGCUGCUGUGUGACCCUCUUCCUCUUUCCCAGUCAGUAUGUGGAUGUAGCCUCUUUGGGUCUCGUGCCUCACCUCACUGGAGGAACCCUUUACAAAUACAACAAUUUCCAGAUGCAUAUGGAUAGCCAACAAUUUUUGAAUGACCUCAGAAAUGAUAUUGAAAAGAAAAUAGGAUUCGAUGCUAUUAUGAGGGUUCGUACCAGCACAGGUUUCAGAGCCACUGAUUUCUUUGGUGGAAUUUUUAUGAACAACACCACUGAUGUAGAAAUGGCAGCCAUUGAUUGUGAUAAGGCAGUGACUGUGGAGUUCAAGCAUGAUGACAAACUUGGUGAAGACAGUGGAGCCUUAAUCCAGUGUGCUGUGCUUUACACAACCGUCGGAGGUCAGAGAAGACUGCGGAUUCACAAUCUUGGCUUGAACUGCAGCUCCCAGUUGGCUGAUCUCUAUAAGAGCUGUGAGACAGAUGCCCUUAUCAACUUCUUCGCCAAGUCAGCAUUCAAAGCAGUUCUAUACCAGCCCUUGAAGGUCAUCCGGGAAAUUCUGGUUAAUCAGACUGCCCACAUGUUGGCAUGUUACCGGAAGAAUUGUGCAAGUCCAUCUGCAGCAAGCCAGCUUAUUUUACCAGAUUCCAUGAAAGUAUUACCAGUGUACAUGAACUGUUUGUUAAAAAACUGUGUGCUGCUUAGCAGACCAGAGAUCUCAACAGAUGAGCGGGCGUACCAGAGGCAGCUGGUCAUGACCAUGGGUGUGGCCGACUCUCAGCUUUUCUUCUACCCACAGCUUUUGCCAAUCCACACGUUAGAUAUCAAGAGUACUACACUACCUGCUGCUAUUCGUUGCUCUGAGGCCCGUCUUUCAGAAGAAGGGAUAUUCUUAUUGGCUAAUGGUCUAAACAUGUUCUUAUGGUUAGGAGUUAGUAGCCCACCAGAACUGAUCCAAGGAAUAUUUAACGUGCCAUCGUUUGCACAUGUGAACACAGAUAUGACAUUACUGCCUGAGAUUGGAAACCCGUACUCUCAAACACUCAGAAUGAUAAUGAGUAUUAUCCAACAAAAGAGGCCAUAUUCAAUGAAGCUGACAAUAGUAAAGCAGCGAGAGCAGCCAGAAAUGGUUUUCCGACAGUACCUGGUAGAAGACAAAGGACUUUAUGGAGGAUCAUCUUAUGUGGAUUUCCUUUGUUGUGUUCACAAAGAGAUCUGCCAGCUGCUUAAUUAAUUGAAUCUUCUCUGUUGUUGAUGUUGCAUUUUUAAGGAGAUCAUCUCCUUCUUGGUGCCUAAUUCUCCCGAUGAUAACAGGCUAGUUUUGAUUUCUUGCUCAUUUUCAAAAUAGCUUUCCAAGAGGACAUUUAGGACUUCAGCUUUGGUGCUCAGGUAUAAAGUCAAUGAAGGUACAGUGGUACCUUUUAAAGGGAACAGUCUAUUUCUGAUUGCACAAUUUUUAACUGUUAAAAUCGAUACAGUUUGCAUUUCAUGAAAGGCAUAGUUUACAGAACUGUAAACAUUCUUAAUUUUCUUUCUUUGUGCUAGACAUAUAAAUUAUUUUUCAAAAUGUAUAGAUUUGGGGUAAAAAGUUGUCUUGGCUCUCCCAUUUGCAGUGAGGGAAAAAAACAAUUUUUACAUUAUACCUAAUUUUUUAAAACCAUGUAACACCCCUUGAACAUGUUUUUCAACUUAAGGUUUGCAUAGCAGACUUUUAAUAACCUUGGAAUCUAUUUGGUAGAACAAUUUGUGUUCUACAUUUUUUUUUCAUAAUUAUAUGUUGUGUAUGUUAAAACUAUUUUCCAGUUGUUGUUUUGUCUAUAAAACUGUCUUUAUCUAUAUUCUUAAUGGUUCUCUGUACAAUUUUGAGGGUUUCUACCUGUAUAUAAUGGAUCUUAACCAGUACCAAUAAAUCACUUCAUAUGCUCUUA